UUUUCGAUAUAGCUCGAAAACGGCUUGACCGAUUUUGACCAACUCAAGCUCAAAUGAAAGGUUUCAAGAAGCCCUACAACUGUCUAGAACAUUUCAAGUUCCAAAAGUGGCCGAAAGAGGCGCUAAAAUCAAAAACAAAAAUUGCCUAACUUUAAGGGGCAAUAUCUCCGAAUCCCGAUCAUAGAUUUCCUUAAAUUUAUGAUAUGCUCUAACUGGACACAACAUUUAACACCAUUCUGAAAAUGAAGAAAAUCUAUGUCGCCGUUUAGAAGAUAUAGGGGAACGUGGCCCAAAUCGGACCGCCGCCCAAUUGCGACCGCCCCUUUUUCUCGUAAAUGACGAAAUAUUAUAAAAUUAGUUUCACUACAUUAUGAAGAUAUUAUAGUAAGAUAAUGUUAGCGCCUAAAAUAAAUUAAUUUGGUACACAACAGGACUAAUAAAAAAUCAAAAUUCAUUUUCAGCACUUGGCCGACAUUUUCUGAUUUUAGAAACCAAGUUGAUAUGAGUUUUUUUCCCACUAUUAUGUCUCAUAUUAUGCCGCGUUUCUGUAGCUUAGAGGGUCUAGUUUAUUACUUGAUUUACAAUUUUUUGAAAGAUUUUAGGUAUUUUAAGUAAUUAAGUGAAAAUGUAAUACAUGCAGAAUGGUCUAAUUGCGACCCCCAAAAUGUUCCAAUUCGGACCGUCUAUUUCCACCAUUCACCACGGUAAAGCAGUCGCGCAUGCGUGUAGUGGUGUGGAAGUGUCUUCCUCACACAGACUGCGCUGUGUUUUGAUUUCGGGAAAAUCAAUAUUUUUUCACGUUUAUUGAAAGUUUUUUCGCAGUGAAAAUGUUCCUAAAGCCAAAGGGGAAUGCAGUUAGUAUAAUUUACGCAUUCUUCAGAAGAAUUUUCGUGGAUUUUCUGCGAAUUACGUCAGUGAGUGCGCAAUUGUCGGUGUGUGUGAAAGUGUGUGUAGUCACCUCAAGGGCGAAAUGUCAAAACAAAUGUGGGGAAAAAUGAAAAUAAAUUCUUGAUUUUCCGGCUUUUCCGGGUAAUUCAUGGCAGUUUCCCUAUUUAUAGUAGUGAUAAAUGUGAUCUACUAGUGAAAAACCCACAAAUUACGGCAAAAAAAGGGGGUCGCAUUUAGAACACUCGGGGGGUCGUAAUUAGAACACCGUGGUGAAAAAGUGCAAUUUUAGCAACUUUUUUUAAUUCCAUUAUUACUCAGAACAGGUAAGAGAUAGAAUGUUUGCAUCUAUAGAACAAAGUUAGCCUAUUAAAUGACCUUUCCAAUGGUACCAAACUUGGGAAGAUUUAAUUCAUUUUAAUAUGACUUUUUUCAAUCCUUCUGAAACAGAAUUUAGGGGGUCGCAAUUGGGCCACGUUCCCCUAGUAAUUUUAAAAAUUUUUGAAUUUGAAAAGUUCUAAGAGCCAUAUCUCUUGAACGGUCUGUCCGAUUUUGCUCACCUUGUACUUAGCUCUUAUCAAUAUUAUCAGUACAAUACCAAAAAAAGGCUUCUAAAUCGAGAGACCUAAUCCAGCCGGGUUAACAGAAAACAGCUGAUUGAAUGUUGGCCCAACGGGUUACAGCUAAAUGUCAUCACAUUUGUCAGUUCAGCAAACCGAAUAACACAAGAGAAGAUUGUUUACAUCGUUCAAUUAGUGAAAAAUAUCAGUAAUAUCUUAAGGAUAACAAGAAAUAAAAAGAGGCCAUGCCUCUAAACGGAACAGAAAAUGAUGAGAUACAGCACGUGGAGGCAGUUAAUUUUGCAGAUAAUCAAACCAGCGUCUGCAGAAUUUGUUGCAAACCGGAGAAAUGGCUUCUCCCCAUUCAUGAGGGUCAUUUCGAAGAGCUUCCCUACAAGCAAAUCUAUCAAGAAGUCAUCAGGCAGCCCCUUAAGGAGUACAGAAAUCAUCCUCUUAAGAUUUGCGAGACAUGUGUGACUGAUAUGCUGAAUUCCUACAAAUUCCGGAAGAGAUGUCUCGAAACGGAAGAUAAGCUUAAGAACCUAGAGGGAGAGCGCGAAGAGAUUAAUGAUCCUCGGAUUGUUAUUAUUAAGGAAGAAGUUUGUGACGCUGAAUUUUCUGUGCAACGAAAUGAUGAAAAUACUUGGAAAACACAAGAAAAUGGCGAGGAAAGCCGUCUAACAAACGCCAACAACAAUGUCACUGAAACGCCAAUUCAGGAAGAUAAUCGCAAUGAUUUCAGAAUUAUGGAUGACAAUCAAGAGAAAGAUAAUCCAGAUCAGACUCUCUACAAUCACGAGAUGCUCAAUGCGGAAGGAAAUUCAACAGAAAGCUCCAGCGCAUGCAGGAUUUGCCUCGAUCACAGGAAGGAACUCUUCUCCAUUGACGAAGGGAUUUUUGAGGGUAUCCCUUACAAGGACAUCUACCAGGAAUGUAUUGGACAGACUCUCAAAGAUUACAGAAAUCAUCCUUCAAAGAUUUGCCAACCGUGUGAGACUGACAUGCUGAAUGCAUACAAAUUCCGAAAGAGAUGCCUCGAAACAAAUAAUAAACUUAAGGAGUCUGAGGAUGAAUUUCAAGAGACAAAUGAUCUUCUCGUGGAAAUUAAACAUGAAAUGGAUACCUGGUCUCUUCAACUAGACGAGAAUGAAACAUGGGAUGAGCGAGAUAAUGAUGAGGAUGACCAAGAGAUAACCAUGGAAAACAAUGAAAAUGAUCCGCAGCAAUAUCCACGCAAUGAUGAAUCUUCUUCAAGGGAAUGCCAGGAAAUUGAUAAUGAAUCUCCAAUGUUUGAUGACGACGCAGAAGUUGAUGCUACAAACCCAACGGUAGAAGAUCAUUCCACUGCUCGUGCGAUGGUUAUUCUUGAUGGAGCGUGUAGGAUUUGUCUCAAACCUGAAAAUUGCCUCAUUUCUCUCCUCGAUGGGGUUUUUGAAAAAUGUUCCUACAUGGAAAUCUACCAAGAAACUCUUGGCCAGCCCCUCAAGGAGUACAAGAGUCAUCCACCGUGGAUUUGUCAGCCGUGCGAGCAUGAUAUGUUGCAUGCUUAUAAAUUCCGUAAACGGUGCCUCGAAACUGACGAGAAAAUUCAAAUGCUGGAGGAGAAUUUCCUUCUUAGAAAAAUAAGAGAAGAGCUGCCAACCACCUCAAGUAUUACAAAAUCAACAACGUCCGCAUCUAAUGCGACAGAAAGUUCAGAUGAAUCGGAGCAGGAUGAAGAUGAGAUUAAUACCACGUCAUGUGCGGAAGACAAUGUUACGAAGGAAGAUGAGAAAGAUGAAGAAGAUGAAAGGCCACAUUCCCCAAGGGUUACAAGGCGAAAAAUGGCAAGAAGGCACACGAUACAUGACACAGAUCAAAGUGAUGAUCUUCACUUGCUGUCACUUGUUCCUAAAAUUGUACUCAGAAAGUUGGACAAUACAAAGAAAUCGAAGGAAAAGCCCGGAAGCAGUAAGAAACCUCACGCAAAAGAACCAUCAAAUGCACAAAAAUAUACAACAAGAGGAUCAAAAAGCUCGCGUAAUAGGGAUUUCGAGGAAUCAGACAGCGUGAUGAGUGAAGAAAAUGAAUCACAAAAGACAUAUAAAUGUGAUUUAUGUCCAAAAAUCUCCACAAAUCUCUCUAAUCUCAAAAGUCACAUAUGGCUAGCCCACGAAAAAUCCCAGAUGGUAAAAUGUGACAUGUGCGGGAGGAACGUUAAAAAGACUUUUAUGAAAUUUCAUCUUAAGAGUCAUGAAGUUAAUGAGCUUAAGAAAACUUCUGAUGCGUCUGAUGAGAGCAUAAAAAAGCCUUACCAGUGUUCGCACUGCCCCAAAAGAUUCAAAACUGUAAAUGCUAUAUCAUAUCACACAGUCGCCAUACACGAGAAGGACAAGAAAAUCCAAUGUCGCAUUUGCCGACGGUUUAUUAAAGGAAGAAUUAUGAAGUAUCAUAUGAAAACACAUGAGAAAUAGGGACGAUGUAUGAGAAAAUAAAAUGGUUAAAUCAAUAAAAUCGAGUUUAAAAAAUUC